AUGAUUGUUGUGUAUUUCUCGCUACCAUUGUUCAUAUUCAUGGUGUUCCUAGCCAUCAGUGGUUGUGUAGGAUGCUUCUACAUGGGUCGACAUCAAGGGAUAACUAAAGACGGCGGACCCGGUGGCUCGAAAAUGCCAACGGCAUACCCGACCACACCACAAGCCAACCAAGGUUACAAUGCUGGAGCUCAACCUUACCCUCCUACCUCGUAUGCUGUCUAG